AGCAAACAAUCAACAAAUGAAAAAUUACAAAAACAGAAAACUAUUAUCAUUACGGUUAUACCCCCAAAGCUUCUUCGAACUCUCCAACUGUCAGCACACUCGAGCGCAGAACAGCACCUGCAUUCUAGCCCGAUCGCUUCGUUCUCGAACUCGAUCACUCGAUCGAUGGCUGCCCCAAACUCCGACGCCGGCGAGGUUUGCCGGAGCGAUUUCCCCGCCGGCUUCGUCUUCGGCGUCGCCACUUCAGCUUAUCAGGUUGAAGGAGCAACUAAUGAAGAUGGCAAAGGAGAUAAUAUAUGGGACGUUUUCACAAAAAUAAAUGGAUAUAUCAAAGAUGGAAGUAAUGCAGACAUUUCCGUUGAUCAAUACCAUCGUUACAAGGAAGAUGUAGAACUUAUAGCCAAGUUGGGGUUUGAAGCUUAUCGAUUUUCUAUUUCUUGGUCUCGUAUUUUCCCAGAUGGACUUGGCAAUAAAGUCAACGAGAAAGGAAUUGCCUACUACAAUCACCUCAUAGAUUAUUUAUUAAAGAAUGGUAUUCAGCCUUACGUUACAUUAUAUCACUGGGAUCUUCCAUACAACCUUCAUGUAUCUGAGGGGGGAUGGUUGUCGGAGAAAGUAGUUGAGUAUUUUGCAUUAUAUGCAGAAGUUUGUUUUGCGAGGUUUGGUGACAGAGUUAAGCAUUGGAUGACAAUUAAUGAACCUCUUCAAACAGCUGUUAAUGGCUAUUCUAUUGGUAUAUUUGCUCCUGGAAGGCGUGAUAGUCCGUACAAAGAGCCAUAUUUAGCGGCUCAUUACCAGAUAUUGGCCCAUGCAGCUGCCGUUGAUGUCUAUAGGAAGAAGUUUAAGGCUACGCAAGGUGGUGAAAUUGGCUUGGUAGUUGACUGUGAGUGGGCAGAGGCUUUCUCUGAUAAAGAGCAGGAUAAGGUUUCUGUAGAAAGGAGGCUGGAUUUUCAGCUUGGGUGGUUUCUGGAUCCGAUUUUUUAUGGAGACUACCCUGCAGUUAUGCGGGAAAGGCUCGGAGAUCACCUUCCACAGUUUACUCAAAAAGACAAAGAAUUGCUGCAAAAUGCAAUUGAUUUUAUAGGACUCAAUCAUUACACAACAAAACUAAUUGCUCAUUCAUCUGAUAAUUCAGAGAGUCCUUUUUACGAAGCCCAGGAAAUGGAGAGGAUAGUUAAAUGGCAAGGUGGGGAGCUAAUUGGUGAAAGAGCUGCAUCAGAGUGGCUUUAUAUUGUUCCUUGGGGCUUAAGGAAAGUCCUUAACUACAUCGCGCGGAAAUAUAAAAAUUUCCCAAUCUAUGUAACUGAGAAUGGCAUGGACGAUGAAGAAAACGAAUCAGCAACGCUCAACGAUUUUCUCAAUGAUGAGAAGAGAGUUAGAUAUUUCAAGGGCUACCUUGGUGCGGUAGCUCAAGCAAUCAGGGAUGGUGUGGACGUCCGGGGAUAUUUUGCUUGGUCCUUAUUAGACAAUUUUGAGUGGGCCCAGGGCUACACCAAGCGUUUUGGGCUCGUAUAUGUGGACUACAAAAACGGGCUAAAGAGGUACCCCAAAUCAUCUGCUUUCUGGUUCUCCCAUUUCCUAAAAGACAAAUCGGACAAUGGCGUCGGCCAGAGUUAGACCCCCACUAUCAGUAAAUAGUUUUAUUUCUGCUCUCAGUUUUCUUCACCUUAGACCUUAUUACUCUCUCUUUUGUCCUGCGUUCAAUUAAUUUGUCUGCUUUGACUAUCUCUGGUUAAUCUUUUAUUUAGUGUGGUUUUGUGAUCAAAAUUAAUGCUGGCUUUGAAGGUAGCAUUUUCUUUUUAUUUUAGGGGCAUAUACAUUAUACAUAC